AUGAAUGAUAUUGUUUAUCUUCUUCAUGGCUCUACACAACAGCAAUACAAUGCCAAACAAGUGGACAUAACAAAUGACACUAUUGAAAAAAAUGUUCGAAGUUUAUUUGAACAAGAUUAUGUGUGUCAAUAUAUUUCCAAUACAAACGGUGAAUUAUCAUUAGCUUAUCCACGUCAAAUUUUGGUACCUAUCAUUGACAAAUGGUCUGAAGUACAAACACCAAAACUGACAACAUCAAUCAAUAUUCGUGAUUGUUGUGCUCAAUCACGUUUUGCCCGAUGCCGAUCUCGUCUCGUUGUUCCUACCUUAUUCAUCAAUGGAAAGUACAUUUGUCGAUCGGCAACUCUCUCUUCUUGGGGUGAAAUCUAUCCACGGUUGAGUAUGGAUUUUUUAGGGGAUGUUGGCAGCAGAAGUUUCGCUCAACCAAUAGCCGAUAUUGACAAUACUUUCAAUGACAUCGAACAACCUCAACAACGCACUAGUUUUGAUAAACUUCGUGGUGCUGAUAUUGAUCUAUUGAAUAUAUUCGGUAUCGGUUCAAUAGUAAACUUGAUGGUACAACAGAAAAAUGUUCUAUUCGGUAUGAAAAUAACAGCAUCAGAAAAGUUAGAUAAAUACAAUCGAUAUAAAACAUUUCAAAUGAUAUCACUUCCCUAUCCAGGAUGUGAACACUUUCGACAAGUCGGCAUAAAGAAAUAUAAUGGUGAAUUUAUGUUUUACAAUUGGUCUCUAUCAAAAAAUGAUGCCAUAAUUGAAAUGCCGAUUCAUCUUUCUUCACGUGUAAACACUGAUUGGUUAUUUUGGCAAUCAUGGAAUACCAUUCAUUUGACACAGAACUAUUUGCAAAUACUUCUUCGUCAUCUUGAAACAGAUAAACGUGGUAUUCUUAUUCAUUGUCUUUCAGGAUGGGAUAGAACACCAUUAUUCAUAUCUUUACUUCGUUUAUCAUUAUGGGCUGAUGGUUCUAUUCAUCAAUCACUAACAGUUGAAGAAAUACUCUAUUUAACACUUGGCUACGAUUGGUAUUUAUUUGGACAUAAUCUACCAGACCGAUUGCCACUUGGUGAAGAAAUUCUCUAUUUUACAUUCAUGGUUCUUCCAUAUUUAGUUGGUGAUGAAUUUGUUUUUCAACCAUCGAAUACUACCCGUCAACAUUCGACAUUGACAACAUCUCGACUUAGUUGUAGGUAUUUGCCAGAACAUCAGGUUUACAAUAGUAACACAUCCUAUAUGAAUAUUUUAGCUGAUUCAGUAAUCAAUGCUGAUCGACAUUCAUAUCAAUUUAAUUCGAUUGGUUUUGAAGAAAAUAAGAAAACGAUUCGCACACAGAAAUUACUUGCUGUUUUUCAUCUGUUUCAUACAUGCUAUCGAACUGUCAUACCGGAAAAUGCGACUACAUUGAACAAUCGUCCACAACUGGUACCGAAAAUGACUCGUAUGAUAAAAAACUUUGUGUUACAAAAACGAUCGUAA